GAUCGUCUAUUGGCCAGGAAUGAAUGCUGACGUCGAUCACGUCACAAAGUCGUGCGACCGCUGUCAGAGUGAGCUCCCCUCCCAACAGCGGGAGACGCUGAUCCAGCACGAGCUUCCAGGACGACCCUUUCAGCAUCUGACUGUCGACAUUGGAAGUCACGCUGGAGGUGCAGACUGGACGAGGACGCCUGGACGAGAGGGAUCCUCCAACACUGGAACACGCCCGGUAGCUGCGGAGUGUCGCCAGCUCAGCUCGUGUACGGACGACCGAUCAGAGACACUCUCCCAUCACACCCUGAUCUCUACAAACGGCAGCCCCCUGAGGAGUUCGCUGACCGACGGGAGGAGUGCCGUCGUAAAACUAAGGAGCGCUACGACAGCCGAGCACGGGAUCUCCCCGAGUUCCCAGUCGGAACCCAUGUACGGGUGCAAGACGUCCGCACCCGCCGGUGGGAGAGGUGCGGCACAGUGACUGACGUCCUACCGUUCCGGAGGUAUCGUGUGCGGUUUGACGAUGGCGGCAGUGUAGACCGCAACCGGUGCCACCUUCGCCGGAGGUAUGCUGUUGUUGAACCGUGUCUAGCGGAGAGGAGCGGUGCAUCGGACAACUCAGGUCCGACCGGGC